AUGACAUUAGUGAAGAAAAUUCUGAAUAUUCUGAGAGAUCAUUGCACACCGAUUCUGCUGAGACCCAAGAAGUUUCGGGAUAUGAAUAAGGAACAGAGGAAUGAGGCGAUCAGAGACGCCACCUUCAGAAUCAUAUCCUUCCUCCUCCUCCCAUUCAUCUCUGCGAUGCUUUUCUCGUUUGCAGUGUCGAUACUCUCCGGAAUGCUAAUCAACGAGAUUAUCACUAAAGCUCUCGGGUCUUAUGAAUCCCAAAAAUCCUUACGUCGUGGAUGUGUGGUGCUCAGCGGGUCAACUGUUCUUGGUGCAUCUCUUCUAUUCUGUCUUAAUUACCUAAUUCCAGCAAUUUAUCGAUUUUUUGGCUCUUUUAUUGGAUUAGCCUGA